AUGGCCGUGAUCGUGACUCAAGUGAAGGACGGCCUCGAUGACACGAGCAUUCUCUGCAACGAUGACUUCUGUUACCGGAUUCCUGAUCCCCUCUUGCGACUCAAUAACGAGGAUAAGGAUGGUGGGGUGAAGGGAGAGUUUGAACGGAGGGCUGACGAGGAUGAGGGUGCUGCUGACGUGGCCGAUGGAGGAUGGGAGGACGGCGCAGGGGGGGAUGGAGAGGGUGGAGGGGAGGGAAGACGCGUUGCAGGUGGAGAGGAGACAGUGCAGGGAGACGAGCCUACUGACGUGGACACACGCAGUGAUGCCACGUGUCCUGAGCUUCUCCUCCUGCGGCAUGGCACUCACCUCUUCCCCAUCGGAUCCGCUGUCUCUCCUGCCGCCUCUCCCCAGCACCUCCCGCCUCGCCCUAUGGAGCGCCCUUCCGCCUUGGCUCUCUGCCUGCACGCCGCUGCUCUCCCCGCACUCAUUAAUUUCCAACUCCUUUCUCUACCCCCCUCCCUCUCCCGGCCGCUCCCCAUCCCCAUCCCAGGCACGCAUCUCUUCCCCAUGGGAUUCCCAUCCACGCUUGCAGCCUCUACCUACCAACCGCCCCACCUCCCGCCUCGCCCUCUGGAGAGCCCUUCCGCCUUGGCUCUCUGCCUGCACGCCGCGUCCCUUCCCUCGCUGCCCUUCUUCUCGACCUUCAUCGCGCCGCCUCCGCCACUGGAGAACGCAGAAGUGGCGGUGCACCACAGAGUGAUGCAGCAAUUUGGCGUGGCAGUCCCGGGAGGUGCUGAGUUCGUCAUCCAUGCAGUCAGAGACCUCACCACCGUGCAGCCCUCCAGCCUAGUCCUCCAACUCGACAUUGAGAACGCGUUCAACUCAGUCGAGAGGAGCGCGUUCUUCAACGCACUUAUCGGCUACCCGCUAGCCCCCCUCAUCCCCUUCACACGCUCUUUCUACGCAUCACCAUCACCACUGCUGCUGGACCCAUGCUUCAAUUCCACGGCACUCACCAGCGGAAGAGGAGUCACACAGGGGGAUCCCCUCGGACCCCUGCUAUUCGCGGCGUCUAUCCAGCAGCACCUCAGGCACGUGGCAGCGGAGCACCCGGAAGUCACCGUCCUCGCGUACGCAGACGACAUAACCAUGAUUGGACCCGCGACGGCGACGCUAGACGCGCUAAGGGAGCUCACGCCGCUACUAGCACAGGAUGGCCUCACCUGCAACUUUAUGAAGUCGUCGGCGUGGUCCUCCAUGCCGCUUGGAGGUGUCGUGCUCCCUGAAGGCCUCCCCCACACCCACGAGGGGGACCGUUUGAGAGAGAAAAUGCACCACAGCACACACACGGUCACAGCCUCUCUGUCUGUCCCCUCUCAUCCUGUGCUGUUUGAAUGCACACCCCUGCACGCCAUGUCUCCCCCCCCGCUGCCCUUCAUCGCCCCGCCUAUGGAGAAAGCAGAAGUGGCGAUGCUCCGCAGAGUGAUGCAGGUGAGGGAGAGAGAAAGCCAGCCAACCCCGCCCAUCACCCGCCGCACCACCCGCCCCUGCCUCUGGAGUGAGUGCCCAUUAUCUUGGCGUCUGCCUGCCCUGCACGCUGUAGCUCUCCCCACGCUGCCCUUCUUCUUGCCCUUCAUCGCCCCACCUCCUCUGGAGAAUGCAAACGUGGUGUUGCAGGGCAGAAAGACGCAGGAGAUUGCCAACCUGACGGCUCUCCUGGAAGGCGAUCCAGGGAAUGCUCACCUGCUGCUGGAACGAGGCCCUCGGUAUUUUCAUCGCACACAAGGUGCUGCUGCAUCCACCACCAUCCCUCUUUCCAUCGCUCUUGCCAUCCCUCUUUCCAUCGCUCUUUCCAUCGCUCCCCCAACCCUCGUUAUUGUCACGCUGCCCUGCCAGGAAGGGCGUGAAGCCAUAGCGGACCGGCAGCGAGCCGUGGCCCUCCUGGCAGCCUCUGCUUCUACCUCCAACCCUUACAGCAGUGGGAGAAGUGGGAGCAGUCCGGGCGACUACCACCCCUCCGACCUGCCACGGGAGCUGCUCUCCCUGGUACGCUGCUGCUCCUGUGCUGCGCGUCCAUCCCUCCCGCUAUGCGCGCCCACCACUCACCACUCAAGGCCUAACAGCCGUGAGGCCCUGCAUGCAGCAGGCGGGUUGCAGGAAGCAGGGUGCACAGGGGAGGGGGGCACCAAGCACCUUGCCUGUCCCUCCCCCCCUUGGUGCCUCUCCCACGGCCAGGCCCUGCAUGCAGCAGGCAGGGUGCAGGAAGCAGUGGAAGCUAACGAACGGGCUGUCGCCCUCCUCUCAUCCCAUCCUUUUCCAUCCCCCAUCCUUGCCUGCCCCUCCCCCUCACUCCCUCUCCCAGGGCCAGGCCCUGCAUGCAGCAGGCAGGGUGCACAGGGGGGCACCGAUCACUUCCCCGCCCGCCCAUUCAACUCCUUCCCAUCCUUGCCCACUCCUUCCCCUCACUCCCUCUCCCAGGGCCAGGCCCUGCAUGCAGCAGGCAGGGUGCAGGAGGCAGUGGAAGCCAACGAACGCGCCGCCCCCCUCCUCUCAUCCCAGAACCUCACGAGUCCUGCCACGUCAGCAGCAGCCACGUCAGCAGAAGACUCAUCAGCAGCCGCCAGCUCAGCGGAGUGGGUGACGGCGUCAGCGGCGUGGGGGAUGGUGGGGCUGUCUUACCAUUGGCUGCCGGAUGCGGACAAGGCUGAGAGGGCGUUCCGAUUGGCUGUUGAGGCGGACCCCCGGUGA